AUGACCACACAGGGCCAUAGUAAAAAGCGAAUUUGUUAUUACUACGAUGGGGAUAUUGGCAAUUACUAUUAUGGUCAGGGACAUCCAAUGAAACCCCACCGUAUUCGAAUGACCCAUAAUCUCAUCCUGAAUUAUGGCCUCUAUAGAAAAAUGGAAAUAUAUCGGCCACACAAGGCAAUCCAGGAUGAAAUGACCAAAUUUCACAGUGAUGACUAUAUCAAAUUUUUACGAAGCAUUCGACCUGACAACAUGUCUGAAUACAAUAAACAGAUGCAGCGAUUCAAUGUUGGAGAAGAUUGUCCUGUCUUUGAUGGAAUGUAUGAAUUUUGCCAACUUUCAACUGGUGGUUCAGUUGCUGGGGCUGUAAAAUUAAACAAACAAGCUGCCGAUAUUGCUAUUAAUUGGGCAGGAGGAUUACAUCAUGCGAAAAAGUCUGAAGCUUCUGGUUUCUGUUACGUCAAUGACAUUGUUUUGGCCAUUUUGGAAUUGCUGAAAUACCAUCAGAGAGUCCUGUAUGCUGAUAUUGACAUUCAUCAUGGUGAUGGUGUUGAAGAAGCCUUUUAUACUACAGACAGAGUUAUGACUGUCUCCUUCCACAAAUAUGGCGAAUACUUCCCAGGAACAGGAGACCUCAGGGAUAUUGGUGCUGGUAAGGGCAAAUAUUAUGCUGUUAAUUUUCCACUCAGAGAUGGAAUUGAUGAUGAAUCAUAUGAAUCUAUUUUCAAACCAGUCAUCAAUAAAGUAAUGGAAAUGUACCAACCAAGUGCCAUUGUUCUCCAGUGUGGAGCCGAUUCUCUCUCAGGAGAUCGACUCGGUUGUUUCAAUUUAACCCUCAAAGGUCAUGGUAAAUGUGUGGAAUUCAUGAAACAAUGGAACUUGCCAUUGUUGAUGUUGGGAGGUGGGGGUUAUACUAUCCGGAAUGUUGCCCGUUGUUGGACCCAUGAAACUUCCAUUGCUCUCAAUUGUGAAAUUGCAAAUGAAUUGCCCUACAAUGAUUAUUUUGAAUAUUAUGGGCCAGACUUUAAACUUCACAUUAGUCCUUCAAACAUGGCAAAUCAAAACACAGCGGAAUAUCUGGAGAAAAUUAAAUCUCGUUUGUAUGAAAAUUUGCGUAUGCUUCCACAUGCACCUGGUGUACAAAUGCAAGCAAUUCCAGAUGAUGCUGUUAAUGAGGAUAGUGAAGAUGAAGACAAAGAAAAUCCAGAUGAAAGAAUUUCUAUUCGUGCCAGUGACAAAAGAAUUGUAAGGGAUGAAGAAUUAUCAGACAGUGAAGAUGAAGGAGAAGGACGUAGAGACAGGAUGAAUUAUAAACCAAAGGCCAAACGCCCACGCACAGAAGACGAACGAAAAGAGGAUAUGGAAUUAACCAAAUCAGAGUCCAUGUCAACUGAUGGUAGAGAUGGAGAUACUAAUAGAAUGGAACAUUGA